AUGUCCUCAAAAAUAUAUUUGAAUACCGAUGAACAGGGAGGCGGUACAACGGUCUUCCUCGUGUUUCCUGAUUGUCUACCCGGCUCUCGGUACCCAGCGUCUCGGGAAGUGAUGCAUAGAGAAAAGUCCAAACGUCUUGCAGCUCUGAGUCUGGGUCUAUCGAAUGCAUCAAUGGAUGGACAAGAAAGGGAAGAAAGACCAUGGCAGAUGGCACGACAUCAGAUGGUUGACCAAGAGAUGGAAUUAGAAGAUACUAGUAAUGAUGAUUAUCCAAGGAUCAAAAACAUCAAAAAAAUCUUUGAUCAGUCUCCUAAUAAUAAGAGCUUUGGAGUGAAUAUAAUGGCUCAUUUUCACCUCUUGAAGGCUUUCUUACCAACAUUAAUUGAACUAAAGAACGGAUACAUCGUCACUGUAGCUUCAAUUUUAGGCACUUUUGGCGUCUGUCAAGCUUCAGAUUACUGUACUUCAAAAGCAGCUGUUUUGAGUUUACAUGAAUCACUUGAACUAGAUUGUAGGUUCCUAAAUAUCCUCAUUCCCACUGUAUCUUUCUUUAUUGAGUGA